AGCAGCAUCGCUUCACCAUGCCGCGCGCGCUGCUCUCUAUCCGUUGAUGGUUCCAAGCGAGGUCUCCUCCUCCUCCAACUCCUCGAGACAGCCUUCAUCCCGGUCUGACCUUUAACCCGGUCUGACCUUUAACCUUCAGCUUCAUCCAGACUCGGAGUUUAAGAAUCCUUCACAGUGAAACAUGGAGUGUGCCACGCUGAGCAGGGAGGGAGCCGGACUCGCCAAGCCGCCCAAACACCUCUGGAGGCAGCCGAGGACUCACAUCCGGAUCAAACAGCGCUACAACUCGGACAACGAGCGCUACCUGUGCCGGAACCGGACCCUGGAGAAGCUGAGACCCGGACUGAAGAAACCCCGCAUGUCCUGGCCCUCCCCCGUCAAACGCCCCAUCUGCACACAAGGUCACCAAACGUAGUCAGAGCCUCAGCAGAUGUCCUGUUUGAAUAACAACAAACUGUCUGCCGAUGAGGAGCUCCUGGUUGUCUAGGAGAUUCAGCAGACCCAGACAGACAGUUAGAUCUGAUGCUGGGGGAUGAAAAGAUGUCACGGCUGAGCCUUCCUCUUCCUGCUGAGGUCUGGCUGAGGUUUCAUCAUCAGUCACAUCAGCCUACCUGAAGGUCCAGGUCAGAGAAUCCAGAGGAAGGGUCUCUCACACUGACAGUCCCUGAUGUCAGAGGCAGCACGAGUUCAUGGUUAGAAAAAGAUCAGGCACUUCUUGUUUUUGUUUACUCUUGUGGGAGUAUUAAA